AUGCUUUUCAAGGCGUUGGCCGCACUCAGUGCCGGCCUGACCCUCGUCGCCGCAGGCGCGCAACCUAGCCAGCCUUCGAACUUCGUAUGGGGCCAGACCAAGAUCCGAGGUGUCAACAUUGGUGGAUGGUUGGUCCUCGAGCCGUGGAUCACUCCCUCCAUGUUCGAGCGAUACGGUCCUGCCGACCAGAGCGGCAUCAUUGACGAGUACACCCUCGGUCAAAAGGUCGGUCAAAAGGUCGAUGCACAGUCUGCGAAACAGGCGCUCCGGAGCCAUUGGGAUAGCUUCGUCGGUCUGGGCGACUUUCAAAAGAUCGCCAACUCCGGCUUCAACGUCGUCCGCAUCCCGAUCGGUUAUUGGGCCUAUGCGAACGCCGGCACGCCCUACAUUUCGGGCGCCGCGCCAUACCUCGACAAGGCCAUCGGCUGGGCACGACAGACCGGCCUCAAGGUCAUCAUCGACCUCCACGGUGCUCCCGGCUCGCAGAACGGCUUCGACAACUCUGGCCAGCGGGGCGGCAUUCAAUGGACCACGGGCAACACGAUUCAGCAGACCCUCAACGUCCUCCAGUACAUUCAAGCCAAGUAUGGCGCCGCCUCAUAUGACGAUGUCGUCAUCGGUAUUCAGCUGCUCAACGAGCCUGCGAGCUUCGACGACCGCGUGAAACUUGACACCGUCAAACAAUUCUACCGCGAUGGCUAUGGCAACCAGCGCACUCACUCCCAGAACCGUGUCGUCGUCCUUCACGAUGCCUUCAAGCCGCCGAGCACGUUCAACGGCUUCCUAACCCCGCAGGACAACAACGCUCAAAAUGUCGCCAUCGAUCACCACGAGUACCAGGUCUUCAACAACGAUCUCGUUGCUUUGAGCGCGGAACAGCACCAGAGGUUGGUCUGCCAGAAUGCAGCUUCCUGGUCUGGGUCCGACAAAUGGAGCUUCAUUGGCGAGUGGUCCGCGGCCAUCACCGAUUGCGCCCCCUGGCUUAACGGCUACGGCAUUUAUAGUCGCUACGACGGAUCAUACUCCAUCAACGGGGGUUCGAAGUUCGUAGGAACUUGCUCCGACAAGAACGACAUCAUGCAGUGGAACACAACACGAAAAGCGGACAUUGGCAGAUACAUCGAGGCACAGCUGGACUACUUUGAGCGCUACUCUAAUGGAUGGAUCUUCUGGAACUUCAAGACUGAAGAUGGUGUGGGCGAAUGGGAUGCUUUCGCGCUCAUCGACGCGCAAAUCUUCCCCCAGCCAUUGACUGCGCGCAAAUAUGACCCGGUAACCUGCUAG